AUGGAGUUGGGGGCUGGACAGGUGCAGGACCAUACCAAGGAGUUGGAGGCUGGACAGGAGAGGGACCACACCAAAGAGAUGGGGGAUGGAGAGGAGAGGGAUCGCACGAAGGAGUUGGGGGCUGGACAGGAGCAGGACCACAUAAAGGAGUUAAGGGCUACACAGGAGAGGGACCACUCCAAGGAGUUUGGGGCUGGACAGGAGAGGGACCACACCAAGGAGUUGGGGGAGCAGGACCACACCAAGGAGUUGGGGGUAGGACAGGAGGGAGACCACACCAAGGAGUUGGAGGCUCGGCAGGUCCAGGACCACACCAAGGAGUUGGGGGCUGGACAGGAGACGGACCGCAAUAAGGAUUUGGGAGAGGGACCACACGAAGGAGUAGGGGCUGGACAGGAGGGGGACCACACUAAGGAGUUGGGGACUGGACAGGAGCAGGACCACACCAAGGAGUUGGGGGCUGGACAGGUGAAAAACCACACCAAGGAGUUGGGGGCUGGACAGGAGAAAGACCACAACAAGGAGUUGGGGAUAGGAGAGGAGAGGUACCACACAAAAGAGUUGGGGGCUGGACAGGUGCAGGAACACACCAAGGAGUUGGAGGCUGGACAGAAGAGGGACCACACCAAGGAGUUGGGGGCUGAACAGGAGGGGGACCACACCAACCUGUCCAGCCCCCAACUCCUUGGUGUGGUUCUGCUCCUGUCCAGCCCCCAACUCCUUGGUGUGGUCUCCCUCCUGUUCAGCCCCCAACUCCUUGGUGUGGUCCCUCUUCUGUCCAGAGUUGGGGCUGGACAGGUGAGGGACCACACCAAGGAGUUGGGGGCUGAACAGGAGGGAGACCACACCAAGGAGUUGGGGGCUGGACAGGAGCAGAACCACACCAAGGAGUUGGGGGCUAGACAGGAGGGAGACAACACCAAGGAGUUGGGGGCUGCACAGGAGAGGGACCACACCAAGGAGUUGGGGGCUGGGCAAGAGGGAGACCACACCAAGGAGUUGGGGGCUGGACAGGUGCAGGACAACAUCAAGGAGUUGGGUGCUGGAAAGGAGAGGGACCACACCAUGGAGUUGGGGGCUGGACAGGUGCAGGACCAUACCAAGGAGUUGGAGGCUGGACAGGAGAGGGACCACACCAAAGAGUUGGGGGAUGGAGAGAAGAGGAGAGAAGAUUCAGAUUCAGAUUCAGAUUUGUUUAUUAUCCACCAAAGUGCAGGACCACACCAAGGAGUUGGGGGCUGGACAGGAGCAGGACCACACCAAGGAGUUGGGGGCUUAACAGGAGAGGGACCACACGAAGGAGUUGGGGUUGGACAGGAGGGGGACCACACUAAGGAGUUGGGGACUGGACAGGAGCAGGACCACACCAAGGAGUUGGGGGCUGGACAGGUGAAAAACCACACCAAGGAGUUGGGGGAUGGACAGGAGAAAGACCACAACAAGGAGUUGGGGAUAGGAGAGGAGAGGUACCACACAAAGGAGUUGGGGGCUGGACAGGUGCAGGACCACACCAAGGAGUUGGAGGCUGGACAGAAGAGGGACCACACCAAGGAGUUGGGGGCUGAACAGAAGGGGGACCACACCAACCUGUCCAGCCCCCAACUCCUUGGUGUGGUUCUGCUCCUGUAA